GUCCCAAGCCUCUGUGAAGAUCUCCUCUCCUCUGUUGACCAGCCAUUGAAGAUUGCACGAGAUAAGGUGGUAGGAAAAGACUAUCUAUUGUGUGACUACAACAGAGAUGGAGACUCAUAUAGGUCCCCGUGGAGUAACAAAUACGACCCUCCCCUGGAAGACGGUGCCAUGCCAUCCGCUCGCCUGCGCAAGCUGGAGGUGGAAGCCAACAAUGCCUUUGACCAGUACAGAGACUUGUAUUUUGAAGGUGGAGUCUCCUCUGUCUACCUCUGGGAUCUGGAUCAUGGGUUUGCUGGGGUGAUCCUCAUUAAGAAAGCUGGAGAUGGAUCAAAGAAGAUUAAGGGAUGCUGGGAUUCCAUCCACGUGGUGGAGGUUCAGGAGAAGUCCAGUGGUCGUACUGCUCAUUACAAGCUGACCUCCACAGUGAUGCUGUGGCUGCAGACUAAUAAAACUGGUUCUGGUACCAUGAACCUUGGAGGGAGCCUCACCAGACAGAUGGAGAAGGACGAGACCGUGAGCGACUCCUCUCCACACAUAGCCAACAUCGGGCGCUUGGUAGAGGACAUGGAAAACAAAAUCAGAAGUACACUGAACGAGAUUUAUUUUGGAAAGACAAAGGACAUCGUUAAUGGGCUGAGGUCUGUGCAGACUUUUGCAGACAAAUCAAAACAAGAAGCUCUUAAAAACGACCUGGUGGAGGCUUUGAAGAGAAAGCAGCAAAGUUAAAAUCCUCUUCCUGCUAACCAGACAUGCCAUGCACUCGUUAGAUUCCUUUCGUAGAAAA